UGUGCUCUGUCUUUCUCUCUUAGCCCCACUCUUUAUUUCUACUUCUUUUCCUUUGAUCCAAUAAAUGCCUCCACACUCUCAUUUCCUCUAUUAAUUCUCCUCUUCAUCAAUCUAAUCUCUCUCCUUCUUUCUCUCAUCUCUUUCUAGUUAGCUAGGGUUUAAGCAGAAACAAGCAUAAGAUGAACACGUAUAACAUGGUGAAGCAAGAAUUUAUCAAGAAAUGGAUAACUACUCUCCACAUGUUAGAUUCUUCUGUUGAUCAUCCUACGAACGUAACUGAGAGGAAAAACGCAAUAAAACUAUCAUCGGACUUAGCUAUCGCAGCCGCUAGAAGCGGCGCAACCGUAUGGAGCCGCGCUAUCAUCUCUAGGACCGGAAAUAAGACAACCAACAAACCUGUGGCUCGCCGAAUACUCAAGAAAGCUCGAAAUCGGAUGAAGAAUCGUUGUACUACUGUUAGAAGAAAUGGUAGCUUGAAGGCGAAAAUCAGAAUGAGAAAACGUACGGAGUUGCUGAAGAGUCUAGUACCGGGAGGAGAGUCAAUAAACAACAAAGAUUAUCUGAUAAGAGAGACACUUGAUUACAUUGUUUAUCUCCGAGCGCAAGUGGACGUUAUGCGAUCUGUCGCAGCCGUCGAUUUAGUCAUUGGAGACUUACAGAACGUGCCUAGGAACAAAUAAAUGUCCAUGCAUUUCAAACUCUUGUGAAUAUUAAGUUGCUAAUGAUGAAGAUGUAGGUCCAUGUACAUAUAUAGGAUAACACUAUCUUUUAAGUUUCGAUAUAACAAAACUUCGAAAUGAAGCACUACUUUGAAUUUUUUUGAUGAUUUAAUCUCAAAAAUAUAUUGAAGGCCACUGGAAUAGUGUAGUAGCAUUUUAUCAUCUUGCUAUAUGUGGUAUCACAUGCACGGAUAUGUUAGUAUAUGUAC